CGUUUUUGUGGCAGUUGAAAGUGGAGUUUGGCGGAGAAAGAAGUGCAACUUUGGUGUCUCUCUUUGUGAAUUUUCCUUCGAAAAUUCUCCUGCUCAAACACCCCAUCCACAUCUCCCCAGUACUAACCCCAAGUGACUGUGUGUACAGCAUGAUUUUAGUGGAAGAGUGAUUGGUGUCAGACUAGUGGAGCAUCCGUAGCUUUUAUUCCAACGCCCCAGAGAAAUCGCAUUUUAUCGCGAAAUCAAUUAGGCAGUCCCGUUAUCGGGCUAUCAGCGAGGAAUUAAGUUAAUAGAAUUACACGGGAGGAAAUUGUAUCACGAUCUCUACACUGUGAAAAAAAGGACGAUGGCGACCACAAAUUUGUUGGAACUUCAGGCUUGGCUAAUGUACCAAAAAGUCUCAGUUGACUGCGCAAAUUGCCUCUUCAUGAGUGAUUCAGCGUCGGCAUUUCGUGCCAGAGACAUUGGUCUUCGGGCACAGAAGAAAAUUCUCUCGAGAAUGGCAACGAAGAGUGUUGCAAAAUCCUUUAUUGAUGACACUACUGCCUCCCUGUUGGAUAACAUCUAUCGUCUGGCAAAGAUUCAUUCUGAUAAGAAACAAGCUGAGCGACUUGUCAAGAAUAUCAUAAAGAUUGUGAUUAAAAUUGGCGUUCUUAUUCGCAAUGACGAAUUCAAUGAGGCCGAAAUGCAAACCGCAGAGAAGUUUCGGAAGAAAUUUCAGGUUACUCAAAUGGCUAUAAUUUCCUUCCAUGAAGUUGAUUUUAGCUUUGAUAUUCACUAUUUGCAAAAGGCACUCACAGAGUGUCAAUUUUUGCUGAAAUCCGUGAUCAAGAGACAUUUGACGGAGAAAAGUUUGAGUCGUGUUGAUGAGAUUUUCAAGUUUUUCCGUGAUGACAAACUCCUUGAGACGGCCUUCCGUCCAAAUUCACCCUAUAGCGAUGUGAUGAUGAGCUUAGUGGCUGACUUGAAUAAGUCUCUGGACGAGGGAGACUCUAAUUUAUAGAAGACAGAACACACUUUUAAAUCAUUUCAAUGCUGAAUGUGAAUUUAAGGAAAAGACAUUUUAAGAUAGCCAUUAUGUGGCUAUUUUUUCUUGCAAAAUUCCAAUCACAUCAGUUUUUUCUCACUGUAGUUUCUUUUUAUUCUUUAUAAUUUUUAUUAAGAUUUCCUAGUAUUCUAUUUAUCCUAAAGAACACGAAGAGAAUGGCCGAUAGUUUCAGCAAAAUAAAAUUAAAAAAAAAAGUUUGAAUCCCAACAUAUCACAAAAUUUCUUCUAUAAUAAAAUAACCAAGAAAAGAACUCUUAUAUUUCGAGUCAAAGAUGCACAAUAAUGUAGAAAAAAAUGGGAUCAAAGUAUCAGGCCUUCAAACUAUAAUAAAUAUUAUAUACAAAAUGCACUCUUGAAAAUGCGAAAAAGAUAAAUUUACAGCAACAGAUCAAAUAUCAAACAUUCCAUGAUAAUAAAUACAAAUGAUUUUACACCAAAUAUUAAUAUUUUUAACGUUAUUUGUUCUAUUCAUUUCUCUCUGAACAAUUUGUUUGAUUAAUGAUUAAGACUGUUUUUCUAGUAAUUUUAAUUUAUUCUUGCCAUAUUAGUGGAGACAUUGAGUUGUCUAUAAUACAUUUUUUGAUGGGAUUAAACCUACCUUUUCACUGUUUAUUAAUCUGUAAGGUUUUUGUUAAAUGACGUGUUUUUCUCUCUCCUAUUUUUAUUAUUAGUUUUUUUUUUGUUGGAGGGACUUUCUGAUCACAACAUUUUAUUAUGAUUGAUUUACUGUAAUUCAAUGUGUGAUGUGGGAAAUAUCUAGUUUCCGAGACAACAUAUCUUCAUGACAAUAAAUUGGAUUAUGAAGAAAAGCAUUUUUCACGUUCAAUUUAAAAAUGAAAAAGAAAAAGCUGACGGGAAAUGAUUGUUUUGUGUUUUGAUCAAGAAAAGAAUGCUGAAAUAAGCAUCCGUCCCACAAGUAGAUUUUCAUUGUAUUGAAGAGAAACAAAAAAAGAACAAGACAUGUACUUAAAAAGUGGAACAAGAGAUGAAAUAAAUAUUGCGAAAUGUAA